AUGCACUAUGCGUGCGGUACCCAUGCACUACCCAUGCGCAACGCCGCUACCCAUGCGCUUCCCGUGCGUUACUGUGCUACCGUCUUGCUUCCCCACGUGCUCGUUCGCCCAGCAUUCACCUCCCUCUCUGCGUUCCUUGCUUGGCAGGUCCGGCAGCAGGUGGAGUCACGCCUGCCAGGCGAGGGUGCAGGAGGCAAGGAAGUCCGGCAGCAGGUGGAGUCACGCCUGCCAGGCGAGGCUGCAGGAGGCAAGGAAGUUGAUGGGAGUGAAAGGUCGAUGGUAGUGGAUGGAGAGGAGGGGGGGAAGGGGGAGGAAGCACGGAAGGAACAGGGACGGGAAGAGGAUGGAAAGGGGGGCGGAGAGGAGAGGGGAGAUAAGGGAGUAGAGGAGGGGCCAUUGGAGAGGGGAGGUGAGGUGGGAAACGAGGGGGAAAAAAGGGAGGCGGGGGACGUGCAGUUGACGCAUGCCUCUCCCUCACCCUCUCCUUCUGCCUCUGCCUCUGCCUCUGCCUCUGCGACCCCACCCACCGUUGUCACGCCCACCCUGUCCCCACCAAGCGUCUCCCUUCCUGCCUCUGCUGCUAGAGCCACGUCAUCACCAUCAACACGAGCAGCAGCCGCGGCAGCAGCAGGAGGAGCAACACUACCAGCAGCAUCGUCCACUCUAGCACGGGUGGCACAGGAGGACGGGUUUGUGGUGGAUAACGAGGCGCCUUGUAAGCGGGUCAGAAGGCGGCCGCGGGCAAGCCUGGGUGCAGGCUUGGGUCCGCGGAAGGUGAACCUGGAGUGCUCUGCUGGGGGAGGUUUGGCAGACGCUGCUGCUGCAACUGCUGCUGCUGCUGCUGCUGCUGCAGAUGGUAGUGGGGACGAGAGUGGAAGGGGAGGAGGGGGAUGGGGAGCGUACCACAGACAGAGCGCACAGAUGAGGAGAGCUGCUGUGAGCAGACAGGGUCGAGCCCAGCCACAGCCACUCUCCUCCUCCUCCACCACCUCUGCUGUUGAGGAGGGCGGUACACAGCCUCAGCCACAGCCACAGCCACAUCCAUUCCCCGUCUCUUCUUCCACCACCACUGCCAGCAGCAGCCCGCCGUUCAGCCGCCGCUGGUCUACAGGAGCGAGCCAUAGUGCCACUGGGGGGGAUGGCAGCACGUUCGGGUCUUUCACCAGCUCUGGCGUUGUUGAGACUUCUCAAAAAUCGCUCGCUGAAGGGAACGGCAGCAUGUUUGAAUCUUUCACCAGCUCUGGCGUUGGGAGUGCUGGUUUGCACGCAUCAAUCAAUCCAGGUGCAGUUACUGCUGCUGGUAAUGCAGGCUUGGAGAUCCAGACUAGGGCAGGUUCGGGAUCCGAUUGUGGAGCAGGUUCGGGUGGUGAAGGGGCCUCAGGCUCGGGUGUGGCUCGGGAGAUUUUCUUCUCCAAAGCUGCAACUGUUUCAGCUGUUCCUACGACCUGGAUUGGCAGCAGCAGCAGCAGUGGUGGUGGUGGUGCAAGCAGCUGUCGGCUGGGCGAUUUCCUUUUUGGCGCAACGCGAGAGGCGCCUCCUUCCGAAUUCCCGCCCCGUAGGUUCAGUGACGUGGGGUCGCUGACUCAGCUGAUGUACACGUGGCAGCAGCAGGGCGUUUCAGCAGCCAGCUCAGCUGUCAGUGGCGGUGGUUGUGGCGGCGGUGCCACCACCAGCAGGGGUUAUGAUGGCAGGGGCAGGAAUUUCAAUGGCGACCCUGGUAGUGGCGGCAGUGGCAGUGGUAGUAGCAGUGGUAGUGGCAGUGGUAGUGGCAGUGGUACUGCUGCUUCUGAAAGCAACGGGCAGAGGGCCACUCUGCGCCCUUUCCCUGGGCGUUUCAGUGAUAUCAGUGGGUGGCGGAGGGGCAUGGGGAGGGGCGCGCUAGGGAGAGAGCAGGGGGAGCUUGCGGGGAGGGGGGAGCGCCUGGUGGGGAUGGCGGGGGUGAUGGGGAGGGGGGACGGUGUGGGGCGGGGGGAGGGUGCGGGAAGGAGGGAUGGUGUGGGUAAGGGGGAGCACCUGGGGUUGCUGCUGCAGCAGUGGGCAGAGGAUGACCGGUUUUGGGAGGAGGUUCGCCGACAGCGGAGGGAGGGGCAGGGAGGGCAGGGCAGCCAGCGUGUGUUAAGGAGGGGCCAGGGCGCUGGUGGUAGUGCCGGCAGUUUGAGAGCACUCGUGGGAGGCCCAGCAAGGUCGGAAGGGAGUGUAAUGGCCAGGUUGGAAGGAGGAGGAGAUAUGAGAGGAGGAAGACGAGGAGGUGAGGAAGGAGAGGAGCUGGGAGGAAGAGGAGUGGCGAUUCCAGUGGCAGAAGUAGAGGCAGCUGCUGCUGAGACGGCCGCAGUGGGAGGAGAGGAGAGGGACGGGACGGAGGAGGAAGGAGUGGAGUCAGGUGGAGCAGUGCACCAGGGUUUAGGAGCAGUGGUGACACGUGCUAGUGUCGACGCAGGAGCAGCGAUGAGUGUGACAGCAGCAGGCAGGGCAGCAGGCGGAUCACCGGUAGUGUCACUGCUAGAAGUCCCAGCCACUCCAGGAGGUUCAGCAACCCAAGGAGCGGCAGCAACGGCAGGUGCAUGUGACACAUCCAGUAUGCAUUCCAAGGAGAGGCGGGGCGUUCACAGCAGCAGCAGGAGGGACAGCAGCAGGCGAGACAGCAGCUGCCCCAGCAGCAGCGCUGCAACCGACGCUGCAACCUACGGGCAAACCGCGUCCCCUUAUAAGCAGUCUCCUUGUAAGAGCUCCCCGCUGAAGCGACGCCCGCGCGCCAGCCAAGGGGCUGUGAACCAGAGUGGUGAGAUGGUGAACCAGAGCGGUGGGAUGGUGAACCAGAGCGGUGAGAGGGAGUAUGGUGGCCGAUGGAGUGUCAGCAGUGGGUGGACUGGCACUGGAAGCUCUAGCAAGAGCGGCUCUUGCAGAGACUCUGGCAUUGUUAGCCGUAAUGCAAGUCUUUGCAACGGCAGUGGGAGUGCCAGGAGAAGAGACAGGAGAGGAGGGAAUGAAGAGAAGGAAGGAAGGAAGGGGGAGGGAGGGAAGGCGGAGAGGGAGGGGGAGGGGGGGGAGAGGAGGCAGCAGGUGGGGCAGCGGAAGGGGGUGAGGAGGGUGAGGAGGCGGGCAGUUGCGGAGAAGGUUGGGGUGGUGGGGCAGGUGCAGCGGUGGAUGGAUGGCCUGGGACCUAUCGCCAAGCGUGUGAGUGCGAGUGUAGCAGGGCAGGCAAGCGAAUGUGAUUAUGGUGGGGCAGGUGCAGCGAUGGAUGGAUGGCCUGGGACCUAUCGCCAAGCAUCGUGGUGGGACAGGUGCAGCGGUGGAUGGAUGGGCUGGGACCUAUUACCAAGCAUGCGAGUGUGUCAGGAUGGGUUGGCUCAUAGCAGCAGCGCUCAUGACUCAUUUCUGUCGACACUCAUCCACACCCACCACAUGGCCCCCUCUCAGGUGCUCGCCAUUGGAGGGGUGGCGGUGCUGGCAGCAGCGGUGUUCAUACCGCGACGUCCCAGGCAGCAUGUGGAGGCACUGACGCCCCUGCAGGUGGCGCAGCGCAUGAGGUGA